AUGAAGGCUACUUUCGUUACCCUCGCUCUUGCUGGCUUCGCCGCCGCCCAGAACCUCGAAGGCGUCGACCCUUGCGUUAGAGGCUGCAUCGAGAAAUCUUUCCCCUCGGUUGGCUGCACUGGUUCUGAAGCUGAGAUCGCUGCGUGCGCCUGCAAGCCCGAGACACAGGCCAAGCUCAUCGCCCCCGUUUCCUCGUGUGCUACCCAGAACAAGUGCGAUAUCAGUGAUCUCGCCAAGGCUCAGUCCAUAGCCAAGGCGCAGUGCGACGCUGUGGCUUCUGGCUCUGCCUCUGCUUCGGGAUCUGCCUCUGCCACUGCCACCGGCUCAGCUACCGAGUCCCAGUCUGCUUCUGCUUCUGGCUCUUCUGCUCCUGUCGUCCCUACCGUGUCCACUGGUACCGGUGGUGUCCCUACUCAAAGCAAGAACCAGACCGCUUCCGCCACCAGCGGAGCUACUGGCACCACCAAGGCUCCUACCUCCUCCCAGGGUUCCGGCAGCGCCACCAGGUCCGGCACUGGCUCUGUCCCUACCACUACUGGUGCUGCCGCUGCUGGUCCCGUUGUCGGCGCUCUCGCUGCCGUCCUUGCUGCUGCUUUGGCUCUGUAA